CUGGAGUGACCUUGUGGCAAUGCGAUCCUGAUCACGAAUCAGGAAACCAAGCUUUUCAGAACGCCCUCCUCUCUCAGCAACAGAAAUGAGAGGGUGAGAGAAAGAGAGAGAGCGAGAGAGAGAGAGAGAGAGAGAGAGAGUGAGAGAGAGAGAGAGAGGGGUGGAAAACAGCUAUCGUUUGCCCAGACUUGUGGAGAGACAAGAGUGAGAGAGUAAGUGAAAGAAAGAGAGGGAGGUAGAGAGAGAGAGAAUUAGAGAGAGAGAGACUGACAGCAGGGGUGAGGAGCAGAUGAGAGGAGAGUUCACAAACUAUUGCAAAGCGUUGGAACAACCACCAGACCUCCAGUUCAAACAUGUCAGGGCAGCAGCAAUGGACGCUUCUGGCCGUCAUGGCCUUCCUGGUCCUCACAGUGACAGCAGGCGAGGGGGGGAAAGCUGAGAAACAAGGGAAGAAGGAGCGUAAGUCGGACUGUGGGGAGUGGCAGUGGAGUGUGUGCGUGGCCAACGAGGGUGACUGCGGCCUGGGCACCAGGGAGGGCACACGCACUGGCACCGACUGCAAGCAAACCAUCAAGACCCAGCGCUGCAAGAUCCCCUGUAACUGGAAGAAGCAGUUUGGAGGUGAAUGCAAGUAUGACUUCCAGGCCUGGGGAGAGUGUGACUUGGUGACGGGAAAGAAGAACCGGACUGGGGUGCUGAAACGCGCUCUCAUGGAUGCCACCUGUCCUAACACAGUGAGCGCCACCAAGCCCUGCGGCAAGAUCCCCAAGACCAAGCUGCAAGAUGCCAGAAGCCGAAGCGGGGGAAGAAAGAGGGAGCGCACUCCGAUGGAUAGUGGUGCAUCAUGGGAGCAGGAAGUGGAAGUUUGA